GCGCUGUUGUGGAGUGCGCAGAGGAGAGACACUUUGUCCUCUCUGGGUUCAGGAACCUAAUGUUAAGACAAUAGGAUAGAAAAUCUAACUUAAUUCGUGUUUUUGUGGUUUUCAAACAUUUUGGUGAAGUGAAGUGACAGAUCAGUCACUAUGGGUGGGAAUGCAGGCUGUCACCGGUGGAUGUUCUUUUUCACCUUGUUGUCAUUGCCUCUGCUGCCAGCGCGAGCAGCGGGAAGAACCAUGAAAUAUGAAACGUACGAAGAGGACGCACCGGGCACCAUUAUCGGAAACCUGGCCAAGGACAUGUCCUUAAGUCCGUCCGUCGGCUCCAAGACUAAUUUCAGGAUGAUGAAGCAGGUCAACGCAUCUUUUGUUCGGCUGAGAGAAAGCGACGGGCAGCUCACUGUAGGCGAGAAGAUUGACAGAGAGAGAAUUUGCAAGCACUCUCCUCAGUGUGUUAUUGCCUUCGAUGUGGUGAGUUUCACUAAAGACCAAUUCAGACUAAUACACGUCGAAGUGGAGGUGAAGGACAUUAAUGACAAUGCGCCCGAGUUUCCCAGGAAGGAGUCUACGCUGGAAAUUUCAGAAAACACAGCAGCCGGUACCAGAAUACCCCUAGAUGUGGCUGUGGAUGAAGACGUGGGCACGAACUACAUUCAAAGCUACCAGAUCUCAGUGAAUAGUCACUUUACUAUUGAUGUGUUGAGCAGAGCGGAUGGGGUUAAAUAUGCGGAGCUGGUGCUAAUGAAAGAGCUGGACAGGGAGACACAGGCUUCAUACGCGCUGGAGCUCGUGGCGACGGACGGCGGCAAUCCGCCCAGGUCCGGCAUCACCAAGAUCAACGUCAAGGUGAAGGACUACAAUGACAACAGUCCUAUUUUCGAGCGCAACCACUUUUCAGUAGAAAUACCAGAGGACGCUCCAGUGGGAUUUCUGCUUUUAGAUCUCAACGCAGUAGAUCCGGAUGAAGGUUUGAACGGCGAAGUGGUGUACGGGCUCGGUAACCAAGUGCCCUCGGAGAUCAGGCAACUUUUCCGCGUAGACCGGAAAACCGGGCGCAUCACACUCGAGAGCCCGAUGGAUUACGAGAGCAAGACGACGUACGAGUUCGAUGUUCAGGCGUCCGACCUGGGUCAGAGUCCGAGUCCGCCGGCCAUCUGUAAAGUGGUCGUACAGGUGCAGGACGUGAAUGACAACGCGCCUGAGAUCACCAUCACGCCGAUGACGUCCAUGGCGGCGGGAGUUGCGCACGUGACCGAGGCAGCCGCCAAGGACACUUUCGUGGCUCUUAUCAGUACUUCGGACCGGGACUCAGGAGUCAACGGCCAGGUACACUGCACCCUCUAUGGGCACGAUCACUUCCGACUACAGCAGGCGUACGAGGACAGCUACAUGAUUGUCACCACGGCGCCGCUGGAUAGGGAAAAAAUAGCCGAGUAUAACCUGACAGUAGUGGCCGAAGACCUCGGCUCCCCACCGUUCCGCACCAUCACACAAUACACCGUUAGACUGACAGAUGAAAACGACAACGCGCCCAUAUUCAGCAAAGCUGCCUAUGAAGUGUCGCUCGUAGAAAACAACGCACCGGGCGCGUACAUCACCACGAUUGUGGCGCGCGACUCGGAUAUGGGACAAAAUAGCAAAGUGACCUAUAAGCUCGCGGAAACCUACGUGAUGGGCUCGCCCGUGUCAACAUUUGUCUCUCUAGACCCCGGCACUGGCUCUCUUUACGCGCUGAGAAGUUUCAACUACGAAGUUCUGAAGCACCUCGAGCUGCGCGUCCAUGCGAGUGACGGUGGCGCGCCUCAGCUGCACGGGACCGCCACCAUCAACCUCAGAAUAGUCGAUCAGAACGACAACGCUCCAGUUAUCGUACAUCCAGUGCUCACGAACGGCUCUGUGGACAUUCUCUUGCCUAAAGACGCCCCGUCGGGCUACGUUACCACGCAAAUAAAGGCGCGAGACGCCGACGAGGGCAUUAACGCCGAGCUGUCCUACCAAAUGAUCUCGUCCGAAGCCAGCGCGCUGUCUAUCAAUAAGGUGAGCGGGGAGAUCUCCGUGAACCGUGAAGGUGUUUACGACGUGGGCGAGACCUUUAAAGCCACGGUUACAGUGAGCGACCACGGUAGACCAGCUCUCACGUCCACAGCCACCAUCCGCUUCACGGUAGUCGCAGGGGCUCCUAAAGGUGACCGCAACCUCUUCAGAAACGCUGGCAAUGAUGAUGAAGUUCACGAGUGGGAUAUGUCAGUGGUGAUCAUCGUCGUUCUGGCUGGAAGCUGCACGCUGUUGCUUUUGGCUAUUAUUUUAAUCGCGACCACAUGCAAUAAGCGCAAACUAGACAAGCGGCACGAAGGAUUCGGAGAUGACAAGGAGGACAACGUCAAUCUUGAUGUAGAGAAAAACAACAGUGACCCACUGAUCCCAGUUCACAGUGAAAACGUGUUUGAUGUACAGCCCUACUCAAAUCAACCUGCUUUUAGCGGAUCCGUUCAAGUGAGCAAUGAUGAGUGCUGCAGCUCUGAAGACGGAAUCGACGCCGCGUAUGAGACAGAGGACAAAAGCCACGGACCAAAACUAGAUGGAUAUUUAACACUACCUGGCUAUGGCAAAGAGGCUGUAAGGCCAAUUACAAUAUGGAAGGGCAACUCCUAUACAACUAUUUCAGCACGAGAUCCUCAGUUCAGUGGGAAAGACAGCGGCAAAGGGGACAGUGACUUCAACGACAGCGAUUCAGACAUAAGCGGAGAUGGCCUGAAAAAGGACGGACACCAAAACAGCGCCCAAGAUGCUCUGUGGGCCUGCACAAGCGAGUGUAGGAUCCUCGGCCAUUCGGACCGCUGCUGGAGUCCAAAUGCUACCAGGAUGAACAGCAGCUCCAGACAGCAUCUGUCUACAUUUGCUAAGACAGGCUCUCUUCCAAGGGACACGCUCAGAAGAGAGAACUAUUACCAGGCACACAUUCCCAAAACAGUGGGCUUGCAGAGCGUUUAUGAAAGAGUGCUACACCAAGAAUAUGUCAUCGUUCCUCCACCUCAGCAGAGCAGAGCACAAGAUAUCAAUGAUGUCACCAUCCCGGUGUAUUCUCCCACUACAGCACGCUGUGCCACAAACGAAGUUUAAAAAUCUGAAACAAGAUGUCUCUCAAAUCUAUAGGGCCAGAAAAUGUAUAUGUAUAAAUAUUUGUCUAUUUAAAAAGAAAAACAUUUUCAAGUCAGUGUUGGUCUCAAUUUUAUGACAAUUUUAAGCAAUCAUCUGAUCUUGUUGGAAAUCUUGUAUGUAUAUAUAUAUAAUGCAAGUUUGUAAAUACAAAGAGUCUAUUUUUAUAUUAUUGAUAAGUAAAACAAAGGUUACUGAAGAUUAUAUACUUUAUAUUAAAAGCAUGUCCUUUAUUUAAAAAAAAAUAAAAAUAAAAAAGACCCUUUUCAUGGUCGGAUACCCUAUCAAGUUGAUAAAUGUGCAAACACUGAACGUGAGAUGUAACUUUU